AUGGACAACAGUGUGGUACUGGUGGGGCCGUUGUACUCACCUUCCAAAGUAUCCUUGAUUGAGGUAUUCAUCGUUUGCUUUACACUUGGGUCAUUAUUCGUGGUUGAUAUAUGGGCACUUUUUAACUCCAAUUAUGUUUCCUUGGUGAUUUUCUUUGUAACCUUGAAGGCGUACUUUGUUACAGAAUUCUUUAACACAGCAUUAUAUCAACCUCGCUCAGUCACAUCAAAGUCUUUCCUAAUAUACGGUGGCAGGGGUAAUCAAGAGUUCUGGUGGAUGCGAAUAUUGACCGUUUUGGAGGUGUUGUUCAAACCAUGGGGUAAACACAAACUUGUUGCAGCAGUUGGUGGUGUCAUUGUCAUGGGUGGGUUGUAUAUGCGUCACUUGGCAAUGAAACAAUGCAGUGAUUCCUUUAACCACUACAUUGCAACUGUAAGGAAACCACAUCACAAAUUGGUCACAUCGGGUGUCUACUCCAUCCUGAGGCACCCUAGCUAUCUUGGAUUCUGGUUGUAUGCAAUAGGGACCCAAUUGUUGUUGAACACCUACAUCAAUCUUGUAUUGGACAUUCUCAUCCUUCACUAUUUCUUUACAAAGCGUAUUGCGUACGAAGAGUGGAUGUUGGUGAACAAGUUCUACGGUCAAGAGUACAUUGAAUAUCAAAAUCGGGUAGGUGUAUAUAUUCCUUAA